AUGAAGAUCGCCAUCACAGGACUUGGUGGUAUUGGGAAAACACAGCUAGCGUUAGAGUUUGCCUUCCAGCAAAAGGAGCUCUCAGACUGUGCCGUCUUCUGGAUUUCUUGUGUCAAUUCCGAAACCAUUGAUCAGGCCUACCGGAUCAUUUCUCGAGAGCUUGAAAUACCAGGUCACAACGAUGCCCAGUUGAACGUCAAAGAGCUUCUACGGGACUACUUGAGUAGCGACAAUAGUGGUCGCUGGCUUUUGGUUUUCGACAACGUUGAUGAUCUGAGUGUCUGGGAAGACAAUACCUCCCCAAGUUCGAGGGGAUUGCUAGACUAUCUGCCCAAGAACGAUAUUGGCACCAUCGUCUUUACAACGCGCGACAACAGGGCAGCGUUUAAACUCGCUAGUCCAAACGUUGUCAACUUGUCUGAAAUGGACGAGUCUACCAGUCAGCAGCUUUUGAAAAAUUAUCUCGGCAACGAAGAUCUCGUCAAGGCCGAAGAAGACACAAGAAUUCUGCUAGAACGGCUAGCUUAUCUCCCAUUAGCUAUUGUUCAAGCGGCAAGCUACGUCAACAUGAACCAGACAACGCUGCAAGACUACAUUCAACUCCUAGACAAGCAGGAGGCUGGGCAGAUUGAACUACUGAGCAAAGACUUCAAUGAUGACUGGCGGUACCAAAGCAUUCAGAACUCUGUGGCUAAAACAUGGCUCAUCUCGUUUACAGAGAUAAAGAAGCGCGACCCUCUUGCGUCAGAAUUUCUUUCCUUCAUGGCCUGCAUCGAUUCGAAGGAUAUUCCGAGGUCACUUCUUCCGCGUCCUUCUAGCCUUCCGGAGGCGAGGGAGGUGGAAGCCAUCGGCACACUGACAGGAUACUCAUUCAUCACCAAGCACACGACGGGGAAUGCGUUUAGCAUGCACCGGCUGGUACACAUCGCCACACGAAAUUGGCUACGCGCCGAAGAGACCCUGGACACUUGGACAGACAAAGCUGUUACAAGACUGGCGGACGCUCUACUCGAACCUGACCAAACCGAUCGAGCACAGUGGAGAUCAUGCAUGCCUCACGCUCACUAUAUUCUGACUUUGAAUGCUGGGCCCUACGACUACAACAGCCUCCUUCUUAUGUUAUUCAAAAGAUAUGGAGAUUGCCUAUACUACGAGGGCCGCUAUAAGGAAGCAGAAAUCAAUCACGAAGAAUUGGUAAAGAUAUUCAAGACAACGCUAGGAGCCGACCAUCCCGGCACGUUAACCAGCAUGUAUAACCUGGCGUCGGUAUACAAAAGACAAGGCCGCUGGGACGAGGCUGAGAAGCUUGGGGCGCAGGAGAUGGAGGCCUGCAAAGCGAAGCUAGGAGCCGACCAUCCCGACACGUUAUCCAGCAUAUCUAACCUAGCGACGGUAUACCAAAGUCAAGGCCGCUGGGACGAGGCUGAGAAGCUUGGGGCGCAGGUAGUAGAGGCCCGUAAGACAAAGCUAGGAGCCGACCAUCCCGACACGUUAACCAGCAUGUCUAACCUAGCGUUGGUAUACGAAAGUCAAGGCCGCUGGGACGAGGCUGAGAAGCUUGAAGCGCAGGUAGUGGAGGCCCGUAAGACAAAGCUAGGAGCCGACCAUCCCGGCACGUUAACCAGCAUGUCUAACCUGGCGUCGGCAUACCGGAAUCAAGGCCGCUGGGACGAGGCUGAGAAGCUUGAAGCGCAGGUAGUAGAGGCCCGUAAGACAAAGCUAGGAGCCGACCAUCCCGACACGUUAACCAGCAUGUCUAACCUAGCGUUGGUAUACGAAAGUCAAGGCCGCUGGGACGAGGCUGAGAAGCUUGGGGCGCAGGUAGUAGAGGCUAGUAAGACAAAGCUAGGAGCCGACCAUCCCGACACGUUAACCAGCAUGUCUAACCUAGCGUUGGUAUACGAAAGUCAAGGCCGCUGGGACGAGGCUGAGGAGCUUGGGGAGCAUGUAGUAGAGGCCUAUAAGACAAAGCUAGGAGCCGACCAUCCCGACACGUUAACCAGCAUGAACAAUGUCGCUAUAGUUUGGAAAAAUUUGGAUCGACACGCAGAUGCUUUGGAAAUGAUGCAAAGCUGCGUCGAGGCUCGGAAUCGAGUUCUUGGUCUGAAUCAUCCUAACACGAAAAACUCUGCAGCAUGGUUGACGGAAUGGGAAGAAUGA